UUAUUCAGACUAAAACGUACACUUUGUUCCACAUCUGCCCGAUCCAUGUCUUUCUCCUCUCCUACAAAUUAAGACAUAGGAGAUCGAUCGAAGCAGCCAUAGCUUAAUUUGCAUACAAAAAAAAAUUGUACUAUCCGAGCGUUUAACCACCGCACAGAAAUGCCAUCAACAACGGAUGAGCAAACGCCAGCGUUGUGGCGCGUGCGUCUAGCCUCCGCGUUUCGGACCAUUCUAGCGUGCACCAUAGUCGCCUCCACCACCCUGUACGGUCCUGCCCCCGUUAGGCGCUUACUAGAAUAUCCAGCUUUUUCAUACGUAACGACCAUCCUGAUCGUGUCGGACGCAACGCUAGGGGAUGCCCUGAGAGGUUGCUGGCAUGCCCUGCUUGCUACUGCUCAGGUUAUGCCACUCUCUAUACUCAGCCUGUGGGUGAUCGGGCCUGCCCGGUUCAACGUUGGGCUGGCGGCGGCCGCGGUGGGAGUCAAUGCAUUUGUGGUGGCGGUGCCGGAGUCGACGCACUUGAUGUCUAAGCGGAUUGCAUUUGGGCAGAUUGUGAUUGUGUACGUGGGUGCUGUCGUUCAUGGUGCACAAACUGGAGCUCUCAUGCACCCAAUUCAUGUCGCGUCCAGUACAGCUCUCGGAGCCUUGGCUUCUUUUCUGGCCAUGUUGUUUCCCUACCCGCACCUAGCCUGCUACGAGGUAAGGAAAACAUGCCGAUUAUAUGGUGAAAAUGCUUCUAAGAGGUUAAAGACCUUCAUUGACACUUUCUCUACUGAAGACAAAACAACUGCAGUUGAUCUAGUUUCUCAAGCAAGGUCCCUUAGUAAAGCAGGAGCCAAACUUCUUCAAAGUAUCACAGACAAUCAGGAAGGCAUGCUAUGGGAAAGACCUCAGAUGAAAUUCUUAAAACGCAAUUGCAUUGACCAAAGGGAAAAUUUACAACACAUUGAAAUACCAAUAAAAGGGAUGGAAAUGGCCUUAACUUCUUGCAUUUCCUGCCCUGUCAGCAUGGUGGGUGAAGAGCUCAGAGAAGUUUUAAGAAAUUUGGAAGUACAUAUAGGCCAAAAAUUCAAGCAAGCUGAGUUCUCUAUGCCUUUUGAUGCAACAGCUUCAGAGAGAAGAGGAGAAUUUUUAGACAAGUCACUCUGGAAGUUCCAUAACAUUUCCAUUACCCAAGAAGAGUUGCCAGUUCUCUUCUUCUUCUACUGUGUGGAACUCCUCUUGGAUGAUCACUCUCCCGGUGCUCGAAUCCUUAAGUGUGACACUCAGAAUUCUGACACUGAAGAAUCUAGUGCCUUAGAAAAUCAAACCAUGGGUAGCUUUAAUAGGGCCUGGAGCAGUCUUGACAUAAUACCGACCAACCAGAGUUUAGUUUUUGCUUUCAAGUGUUCACUUUCUCUAGGUCUUGCUGUGCUAUUUGGUUUAAUAUAUACCAAAGAAAAUGGAUAUUGGUCAGGACUCACCAUUGCCAUCAGUUUUGUAACAGGAAGACAACCCACAUUUACAGUUGCAAAUGCUCGAGCACAAGGCACAACAUUGGGAUCGGUCUAUGGAAUCCUAUGCUGCAAUGCUUUCCAAAGAUUUGAGGAUUUAAGGUUCAUGCUACUACUACCUUGGAUUGUUUUCACCAAUUUUCUAAUGCAUAGCAGAAUGUAUGGAAAAGCUGGUGGAAUUUCAGCAGUUAUAGGGGCAUUAUUAAUCUUAGGUAGGAAUAACUAUGGCCGUCCAAGUGAGUUUGCAAUUGCUAGAAUCACAGAGGCAUGCAUUGGAUUAUUUUGUUUCCUCAUCGUAGAGAUUCUCUUGAAUCCUGCAAGAGCAGCAACUCUGGCAAAAACUGAACUUUCAAGGAGCUUAGAGGCCUUUCAAGAUUGGAUCAACAUGGUUCCUUGUUCCAGCCAGAAGAACAUGCAAGCUACAACUUUUCUGGCAUUGAAAGAAAAGCAAAACAAGCUGAAAAGUCAUGUGAACGAAUUAGAAAAGUUCAUUGCAGAGGCAGAGUUGGAGCCUAAUUUCUGGUUCUUGCCUUUCCAUGCGUCUUGUUAUGGUAAGCUCCUCAUGUCUUUGUCAAAGAUGGUGGACCUUCUACCCUUUUUGGCCUAUCAAAUAGAAUUUCUCUCACAAGCAACAGAAAUAUCUAGAGUUGAUCUUAAGGAGCUCCAAGGACACGUGAAUAAUGAUCUAGAGCUAUUCAAGAAAAAAGUUAGCUCUUUAUUGAAAUGCCUCAAAAAGGUGAACUCAAUCAAGACCCUUGUAGUACUGGAAAAAGAGUUGCAAAAGAAAAUCAUUUCUCAUGACAUUGAACUAGGAAAAUCACCAAAUGAAAAUGCAUUUAGGUUGUUGGGCACAAAUGAAGAAGAGGUUGAAACCAUUGUAAGCCCUUUUCUUCAACACUUGAAUGAAGAAGUUCACAAGAUUUAUGCUAACGAAGGUGAGGACAUGCUUAAGGUCCAAACAGUUCUUUGUUUGGGUGGUCUAGGCUUCUGCAUCAACAGUUUGAUAAGAGAAACAAUGGAGAUCGAGAAAGAAGUAAAACAACUAGUCCAAUGGGAGAAUCCCUCAAGCCGUGUAAAUUGGAAUGAAAUUUCUUGUAAAAUUAAUGCAUUGUGUACAUAA